GCUGUCUCCCUCCAGGCUUGGCUGACAGAGAUUCAUGAAUACGCGCAGCAAGAUGUGGUCCUCAUGUUACUGGGAAACAAGGUGGAUUCAGCCCAGGACAGAGUGGUGAAAAGGGAAGAUGGAGAAAAAUUAGCCAAGGAGUACGGCGUGCCCUUUAUGGAGACCAGCGCAAAAAGUGGCCUCAAUGUUGAAUUAGCAUUCACAGCCAUUGCAAAGGAACUGAAGCACAGGUCCAUGAAGCUGCCCAACGAGCCCAAAUUCAAGCUCCACGACUACGUGCAGAAGGAAGUGAGAGGCUCAGGCUGCUGCAGGUCCUAA